AGUAUAAAAUACGUUAAUAAACAUUUUGUAUCAUAAAUUUAAAACGUUAACAAACGGAUUUAUGAGUAAGAAAGAAAAAUCAAGUUAUGUACUUCUGCUACUAUCUUAAAGUUUACAUCGGCUACAUGUCGUGUCAUUAAAACUGAAAAUCUGGAAGUAGAUUAUAAAGAUUCGCCAGAACCAUGGAAAUUUACAAUAUUUAUAUUAUAGGGGAGAUUGGUCUAUAACGGGCCCCUCGGUUAAAACGGGCCCCACGAUUGGCACGACACCAAGCGGAUUUUUUCGGUGACUCUGAAUGCAAAUAGAACCAGCUUAGUUUAAUGAAUAUGCAUGAUUGUUUACAUUGCGUUAAUAAUUGACAGGGUCUUGUAAAAACGUGUCGAAUCAAUUAUAUCAAUUUCUCUUGUUUUAUUUGACGUUACGAAAUCACAGACCUACAAGUCAUAUCGUCAUAUCGAGUUACAAGCUUCUUCAAUAAAAUGGGACGGUAUAAAAGAACAACUGAAAGACAAACGUGGUCAGAGACAGGUAUGGUCAAAGCAAUUGAAGCAUUACGUACAAAAACAAUGGGAUUAAAGAAAGCCUGUAAACUUUUCAGCGUACCCCGUUCAACACUUCAGCGGAGGUACAAGUCAAGUCUAGCAAGUGGAGCAGCAGCUGCAAAAAGACUCGGCUCAAGGUGCAAUGUAUUCGAUACGGAAACUGAACUGGAACUUGUUCAGCAUAUAAAAACCAUGGAAAGUAUGCUUUUUGGUUUCACACCUAAGCGCUUACGAAAACUCGCAUAUCAACUAGCGAAAAGUAACAAUAUCCAUGAAAGAUUCAGUUCUGUCAAAGAAGAAGCAGGUCUGGACUGGUAUAGAGGAUUUAUGUCACGACAUCCAGACCUGUCUUUAAGAAUGCCAGAGCCAACUUCUUCGGCACGGGCACAAGGCUUCAACAAAGUUGUUGUUGACCAGUUUUUUGAUUUGCUCACUGAGUUACAGACAAAGCACCACUAUAGUCCAGACAGGGUAUACAACUGUGACGAGACUGGUUUCACAACUGUGCCGAACAGACCUUCCAAGGUGAUAGCAGCUCGGGGCAAGAAGCAAGUUGGCAGCUUGAGUUCGGCAGAACGUGGUCAGUUAGUGACAGUGGAAAUAUGCAUGAGUGCAUCAGGUAAUUUCAUCCCUCCUAUGUUUGUGUUUCCGAGAUGCCGAAUGAAGCCUGAGUUACUUGAUGCUGCACCACCAGGAUCCAUCGGUGUAGCCCAUCCGUCUGGUUGGAUGCAAACUGAUUUGUUUCUGAAAUGGUUUGAACAUUUUGUAUAUCACAGUCAUUCGUGUGCCGAUUCACCAGUACUGUUGAUCCUUGAUGGACAUAAAACCCACACCUUAAAUCUUGAUGUUAUCAAUCUUGCUCGUGAAAAGUGUGUUUCUCUCCUAUGUUUACCACCUCAUUGCAGCCAUCGGCUACAACCAUUAGACGUAAGCUUGAUGAAACCACUCAGUACGUAUUACACUCAAGAAGUUGAGAAGUGGUUACUUGUUCACCCAGGUAGAAUAGUGACUACUCUGCAAUUACCUGCGCUCUUCCGAGAGGCUUAUCUUCGUGCAGCCAGUGCUCUGACUGCAGUCAAUGGGUUUAGAAAAACUGGUAUAUGGCCAAUCAAUCGUGAUGUCUUUCAAGAUGCAGACUUUGCUGCUUCAUUGCCUACAGAUAUUCCAAGAUUGGAACAUGAAGCAACUGGCAGCAAUACAGAGUUGGUUGCUGGUGAAGUUUCACCAACAGGCGAAUAUGUUGAACUCAUUAUAGAGAAAACUGGCAUGCCUAUUGAGAUUCUUCAGAUACCAGUGUUGCAGUCACAACCACUAAUUCGGCAUAUUGGUGAAGGGGCAUCUCAACCCACAUCACACGAGUCAGGCAUGGAGCAACUCGAUGAUGUUGAUCAGUUAAUUCUUCAGGUUAUUUCUCCGAUAACAAUGGAGCUGACAGAAGGACAAGUUGGUGACAUCGCCUCUCUACUUACAUUGGUCGAGCCAGUUCUACAGCAACCCGGUGGCGGUGAUGUUGAUUCUUUAGUUUCUCCGACAACAAUAGAGUUGAUAGAGGCACAAGUUGGUGACAGUUCAUCUUCACCAAGAUUGGUCGAGCCAGUUCUGCAAAAACCCUGUGAUGCUGACGGUGUCGGUUUAAAUACACCAACAGCUGUUGGUUGUCGAAACGCUCUUGAACAUAAACCUAAAGUCCGUGUUUUGCAAAUUUCGCCUUUACCAAAAGUGGAAGUGGGCAGCAUUCGCAAAACAUCGAAAUCGAAAGGUAAAACUGCUAUUUUGACUGCCAGUCCUUACAAGCAAGGCUUAGAAACAAAAAAGCGUUUGGCUGAAGAGAAGAUAGCUGCAAUGGAGGCUAAAAAAGUGAAAAAAGCUCUUGCGGCAGCAGAAAAAAACAAGAAGACUAGCAAAACGAAAGAAAAGAAGCCUAAAUCUGCACUAAAUACAAACCAAAAAAGAGGAGUGAAACAGACUGGGCCUAUCCAAUCAGUUUGUCCAGAAUGUGGAAUCAUGGAAAAAUCUGUCGAGGAUAAGGUGAAGGCGUGUGACUGGAUUUCAUGCAAAACCUGUCUGACAUAGUACCAUGAAUCGUGUGCAGAAGUGAAUGGAGUAUUUGAUGACGAUUACUUUUUAUGUGUUCAAUGUUGUGAGUAGCACCACAUGCUACUCGUUUGAACGUGAACUUUCUAUUGCUAACUGUUCAUCAUGAAUAGAUCUAACUGUAAAACCUAUUCACGAAGCUGCAGAAGUGAAAUGUAUUCAUCGUUAUUAAUAGCUUAAUAGUUAGUUUUUGUGUUGAAA